UAAGCCAGGAACCAAAAUCCUAAUUUAAUAGAUAAAUAAGGUAGAUUUCUGCUUCUCCUCUUAACAUUUCCAAAUGCAAAAAAACUCCGUGCGUUUACGAGUUUACGUGUUGACAGAGCUGAUAGUUAAAUAAAACCGAAAUGUCACUGUUUUGUGCACUUUCAAAUGAGGUGCCAGAGCAUCCCGUUAUAUCUCCAGUUUCGGGAUCAAUAUUUGAAAAGAGACUGAUCGAAAAAUAUAUUGCUGACAAUGGAAUUGAUCCCAUCUCACGUAAAGAUCUUACCAUAGAACAACUGAUAGAGGUCAAAACGACAUCCAUUGUUCGACCGAAACCAGCCAGUGCCACAUCAAUUCCAGCAAUUUUAAAAAUUUUACAAGACGAAUGGGAUGCCGUAAUGCUUCAGUCAUUCACACUUAGACAGCAGCUACAAACCGCGCGACAAGAGCUUUCGCAUGCUCUCUACCAACACGAUGCCGCGUGUCGAGUCAUUGCCAGGUUGACGAAAGAAGUUACUGCUGCUCGAGAAGCUUUGGCUACUCUCAAACCACAAGCUGGAAUCACACAACCCACAGCAAUACCACAACCAGCUGUCGCAGCAGAAGCUGGUGGCUCAGCAGCUCAACCAACCGAACAAGCUGGCAUCACAGACGAAGUUAUCCAGCAACUUCAAGAUAGAGCUACAGUUCUUACACAAGAGCGAAAACGACGAGGACGUUCCGUCCCAGAAGAUCUUUUCACAGCCGACAACAUUCGCAAUUUCCAAACUCUCUCCAGUCAUCCUAGUCUCCAUUCUGCGAGUGCUCCUGGUAUUCUUGCUCUCGACAUUCACAAUGCAGACACAAGGAUGAUAUUGACCGGAGGCGCUGACAAGAAUGCAACAGUAUUCAAUAAAGAAAAUGAGCAAAUCAUAGCCAUUCUCAAGGGACACACGAAAAAGGUGACACGAGUUAUCUAUCAUCCGGAAGAGGACGUGGUAAUGACGGCCUCGCCAGAUUCAACAAUUCGUGUGUGGAACGUUGCAACCAGUCAGACAACACUAUUGUUAAGAUGUCACGAUGCUCCAGUUACCGGCCUUUCGUUACAUCCUACUGGAGAUUAUUUACUUAGUUCUUCGUUAGAUCACUACUGGGCGUUUUCAGACAUUCGAACUGGACGGUUAUUGACAAAGGUGGCAGGUCAGGGAAAUCAACCUCUAACCACUGCCCAGUUUCAUCCUGACGGUUUAAUCUUCGGAACGGGUACAGCUGAUUCUCAAGUCAAAAUCUGGGAUCUGAAAGAACAGUCGAACGUGGCCAAUUUCCCUGGUCAUAAUGGACCUAUAACUGCAAUCAGCUUUUCAGAAAACGGAUACUACUUGGCUACCGCAGCGGAGGAUUCGUCCGUGAAACUUUGGGAUUUACGGAAGUUGAAGAAUUUCAAAUCCUUACAACUCGAAGAAUCGUAUGAAGUGAAAGACAUCUGUUUCGAUCAGAGUGGAACAUAUCUUGCAGUGGCUGGAUCCGAUGUCAGAAUCUUCUUGUGUAAGCAAUGGCAAGAACUUAAAGUCUUCAAUGAUCACACAGCCACAGCCACAGGCGUUCGCUUCGGAAAACAUGCCCAGUAUAUUGCUUCAACCAGUAUGGACCGCACACUUAAACUUUAUGGAAUGCCGAAAGAUAGAGCGUAAUUAUGUAUGUAAUUUUUACACGUGUUGAACUUAGACCCAAGCGUUCAUUCUUUUAUAAAUAAAUUAUUAUAUUAUGACUGUAAAA